GAACACAUCGGAUCAUCAUCAUCAUGAAAUUAGAUCUCCUCCAGUCCACUGGGGGCAGAGUGCAGCAGAUGGAACAGCAGAUGGGCCAGGUGAGACAGAUGUCAGAUAUGCAAAUGUUCUACUCAUCCACCUCCUCCACCUUUACCUCCUCCACAAGCUCCACCAAGCUGCGAAAAGUCUCUCAGGAGCACUUGGUGGAGUCCUUCAGCCAGGUACUGAAAUCCCCUCAGAUCUCAGAGGGAGUGUCUGUCCCAGAUUUUGAUGAGAAGCUGUGCCCUAUCACUGCCCAAGAGGAUCUAGCGCUGGUCUUCAUAAAGAUGCUGAAGAAGCGUAAUGUGGGGAAGAGGGAGGAGAAGUGGCCCCCUAUAGAGGAGGAGAUGCUGAAGAUCCUGGCCAGAGACGACAAAAAGGACGACGAGAGGAUCUGCACCGACUUCAGCAUCUUCAAGAAGCUGAAGGAGAUGAAGAAGAAAGUGGAGGUGGAGGUAGGUGUGCUGAAGCCCCUUGAGGACAUCACUGCCAAAGCUGACACCAACAUCGUCUUUGACACCACUGAAACUAAAGAUCCAAAAAUCAGGAUGCACUGGUUUCUGGGGGUCCUUGUGGUCAAACAGGGAGCCGUCCACAGGCUGAUCUUCUCUGAUGUGACUGACGCUCAUGAGGGCAAAUACACUUUCAGAGCCAAUGGGGCUGAGAGCGAGGCUGUACCCACUAUUGCAGAUCCUCCGGAAAUUGAUUCCUCUGUGCUGGACUUGUUGGGAGCUCAACCUGUGACUUUGAAGGCAGGCCAGACCGCCUCUAUUAAGAUCCUCUUUAAGGGCAAACCCCCUCCCAAGGUCACCUGGUACAAGGAAGGUGCGGAGAUCAUGGAGGAUGAGAGGACUGAGGUGGAGAGGACGGCUGACGGCACCAUGCUGGUGCUCAGCAGGUGAGUGAGGCAAGACAGUGGAGCAAUUAUGCUCCGUCUAAAGAGUGACUGUAACAGUGCAGUGGCCAACCUGCACCUCAAUGUGAUUGACCAUCCUAAGCCUCCUCAAGGGAAAGUGGAGUUUCUUGAACUAUCAAUAAAGUGUAACAAGAUGAGGUGGAAAACCCUGCGGUACAAUGGAGGUAAGCAAGUGACCAGCUUUGUGAUUGAACGGAGCGUGGCUGGUAAGAAGUCCUACCCUGUUGGUGAAGUAGACAGCAGGGCCACCAUCUUCCCAGAUAACAAAGUGGAGCAGGGCCGGGCCUACCAGUACCGCAUCAGGGCCGUGAAGGUGGAGGGAAUGAGCAACCCUCUGGAGACAGAGGAGGUGCACGCUGGAGAACCUGUAGAGCCCCCAGGCAAAGCGUCCCAGCCCCAGGCUAAGCCUGAUAUAUGA